AUAAUAUUAUUUAAUGUAAAAUAAUAUAAAAUGAAAAUAUAAAUCUGAUUUGUAUAAUAUUUUUUAGAAAGAAUUUAUAAAGUUUUUAAUUCUUCACUAAAUUAUAUAAAAUAACUUUGAAGUUAGGGGAAUACCCUUAUUUUUGUAUCUAUUUUCACGAGAAUUUUUAUAAAUAGUUUUAAAAUUUGAAAAAAGAGUUUAAAAAAACUCGAAAAAAUGAUUAUUUUAUUUAUUGUUUUUUUAUGUGUCACAUAUUGAUAUCAAAUUGUGCAAAAAACAUAGUAUUAAUUAUUGCUGAUGAUUUAGAUCUAUUUCUUGAUGGAAUGACUCCAAUGCAAAAUACAUUGGAUUUAAUUGGAAAUAAAGGUGUAACAUUUUCAAAUUGUUUUGUUGCAUCACCUAUUUGUUGCCCAAAUAGAGCAUCAAUUUUAACUGGAAAAUAUCAACAUAAUCAUUUAGUAGUAAAUAAUUCAAUUAAUGGUGGAUGUAAUAAUAUUGAAUGGCAAGAAUUACAAGAACCAAAUACAUUUGCAGCAUAUUUGAAAAAAGAAAUGUUUUACACAACAUUUUAUGCUGGAAAGUAUUUAAAUCAGUAUGGAGAUAAAAUAGUAGGCGGAGCUGGUCAUAUACCAACAGGAUGGGAUUGGUGGGCUGGUCUGAUUGGAAAUUCAAAAUAUUAUAAUUACAUUUUAUCUAUAAAUGGAACUGAAAAAAAAUUUGGUAAUGACUCAUCUGAUUAUCUUACUGAUGUAAUUAGUGAUAUGGCAACAAAUUUUAUUAAGAUAUAUAAUCCAAAUGGUCAACCAUUUCUUAUGGUUUUAGCACCUCCUGCACCUCAUGCACCUUUUACACCAGCACAAAGACAUAUCAACAAAUAUAAAAAUGUGAAAGCUAAAAGGACACCCAAUUUUAAUACACAAACUCAGAUGGAUAAACAUUGGUUAGUAGAAAGAGGACCAUCUCCACUUCCUGACAAUUUAUUACCUAAAUUAGAUGAAAUCUAUAGAAAUAGAUGGGAAACAUUGUUAGCUGUCGACGAACUUGUAAAAAAUGUAUAUCAAGUUUUAAAAUUACAAAAUCUUUUAAAUAAUACUUAUAUUAUAUUUACUUCUGAUAAUGGAUAUCAUAUUGGUCAAUUUAGUAUGCCAAUAGAUAAACGUCAACCAUAUGAAACAGAUAUUAGAGUUCCAUUAUUAAUACGAGGUCCAGGAGUUAUGCCAUCAAAAAUUGCUGCACCUGUUAGCAGUGUUGAUUUAUUUGAUACAAUUUUAGGAAUAGCUGGUAUAAAACGUCCAUCAGAUGGAACUUCUUUUUUAAAAAAAGUAUUGCCAAAAGAUAGAACUCUUUUAAUAGAAUAUAGAGGAGAAAAAUCUAGAAAUAUUCCAUCAUCAGGUUGUCCAAGUGAUUAUGAUCUAAACCUUACAUUAUGUGAAAAAGAUAUGGCAUGCAAAUGUCAAGAUGCUGCAAACAAUACCUUCAGUUGUAUACGACGCAUAUCUCCGAAUUUUAAUAAUAUUUUUUGUAUUUUUGAAGAUAAUAAGCAUUAUAUUGAAGCAUAUAAUAUAACUACAGAUAAAUAUCAAUUGGAAAAUAUUGGUUACAGUAUGAAUCAUCAUCAUAGAUUCAGAUUGAGGAAAAGGCUUAAGAAAAUGAGUAUUUGUAAACAGGAAGAGUGUAUUGUUACAAAUAUGAAAAGUAUAUAUAUAUAAGUACAAAUGUAUUAUUUUUUGUUCAUAAUUAAUAUAUCUUUAUCAUGUAUAUUUUAUAAAAAUAUUUAUUUAAAAA